AUGGAUCUUCGUCCGGAGCUUCCUGGCGCUCAGGCGGGCACACAGGUUCACCCCGGAGCCGCUGCAGCCGCCUCCAUCCCCGUGUCCAUGGCCAGCAGUCUGCUGAGAGGCCCGCCGCUGCUGCUGCGCCCCACGGAGAAAUAUCCCCGCACGCCCAAGUGCGCGCGCUGCCGUAAUCACGGCGUCGUCUCGGCGCUCAAAGGACACAAACGCUACUGUCGCUGGAAGGACUGCAUGUGCGCAAAGUGCACCCUCAUAGCCGAGAGGCAGCGAGUGAUGGCCGCGCAAGUGGCGCUCCGCAGACAGCAGGCGCAGGAAGAAAACGAAGCCCGAGAGCUUCAGCUCCUCUACGGCACGGCAGAAGGACUCGCACUGGCCGCAGCCAACGGCAUCAUCCCGCCCCGACAGAACUACGAAGUGUUUGGCCAAGUUAGCAACGACAACUCUGAAUCCAACAUGCAGAAGUUUGAAUUAUUCCCUAAGACUCCACUGUCAGGAUCUGUGACCCCACAGCCUGCAGCUGGAAAGUCUGUAUCUGCUGACACCGAAUCAGUACCUGGGAUCUCAUCCCCAGACGUACACCAUGGCUCUGGGUCUGAAAACGGUGAUGGAGAGUCAUACAUUAGCUCUCCAGCUCCCAAACCCAUAAAAGAUGGCGAGGAUACACCACCAUCGAUAAGUCCACUUGGCUCAGACUCAGACACAGACAAAGAUGAACAAGAGCCAUCGCCAUCCUCUACUUCAUCCCGUCAGAUGAAUGCUAUUGAUAUCCUGACCAGGGUGUUCCCCACGCACAAACGCAGCGUCUUGGAGCUCGUCCUCCAGGGAUGUGGGAAAGAUGUUGUCCAGGCCAUUGAGCAAAUCCUCAACAACAGUGGACAAGCUAAACCUCCAGAGGAAACCUGGUCAGCAGAGAGGGUGCUCCAGAGUGUCCAGCAGCCCUUGUCUUCUGCUCCAAGGCCUGUGUUACCUGGAACCAUGACGCUCAGCAACCGGUCAGCCUUUUCACCACUGCAGCCCAAUGGUCCACACUUUGGCGCUGACCCCAGCACAUACCCACUCGGCACACCUCUGGGCCUGAAUCCACUCCGCCUGGCCUACUCGGCACAUGGCCGAGGGCUCACCUUUAUGACCCCUUACUCCACAGCAGGCCUGAUGCCCACUCUGGGAUUUAGGCCACCAAUGGACUACGCUUUCAGUGACCUGAUCAGAGACAGGACUCUUUUACAUAAGGACCAGAGCUACACAAAUGGACUUUAUGGUCCCCUGGUUAACAACACUCCAGAAAAACAGUGA